AUGAUCAUUGAUGGUGGAAGCUACAUGAAUGUAAUUUCAAAAUCAGCUUCAGAAAAAUUGAAUCUAAAAGUUGAACCUCAUCCCCAACCUUACAAAGUUGCUUGGGUAAAUGCUGCAACCAUGCCCGUUGGCUAUAGGAGCCUAGUCCCCAUUAAGAUUGCAGAUUAUGAGGAUGAAAUUUGGUGUGAUGUCCUUCCCAUGGAUGUUGCUCACAUUCUUUUAGUAAGACCUUGGCUAUAUAAUCUUGAUGUUGCACACAAUGGCAUAGCCAAUACCUAUACUUUUAGGUGUAAUGGCAAGAAAAUUGUCUUGAGUCCUCUAGAUCCCAAGAAGGACAAACAUGACAAGGAGAAGAAAUGUUUGAAAAGAAAAGAGAGAUAUGGAACUUCCUUGCAUAUCCUAAGAAAGAAGCAAUUCGAACAAGAGAGCAAGGAGACUCAGUUUGUUUACAUCGUAGUGACCAAAGAAAAUGACUCCUCUAAUCUAGGACCUAAGACAUCACCUAUACAUUCUGAAUUUAGUGAUGUUAUCUCCAAGCCUUUAAAUGAAUUAUCACCAAUGAGAGAUAUUCAACAUGCUAUAGAUUUAGUUCCAGGAGCCUCUUUGCUUAACUUGCCUCACUAUAGGAUGAACCCUAAAGAACAUGAGGAACUAAAAGGGCAAGUAGACGAGUUGAGAAGUAAGGGAUUUAUUCAAGAGAGUAUGAGCCCAUGUGCAUGUCCCACCCUUCUCACUCCAAAGAAAGAUGGCACGUGGAGAAUGUGCAUUGAUAGUAGAGCCAUUAACAAGAUAAGCAUCAAAUAUAGGUUUUCUAUACCCAGUCAAAUAAGGAAAGAACACUUAGAUCACCUAAGGAAAGUGUUUGAAGUCCAAAAUAUGUAUGCAAAUCUAAAGAAGUGCACUUUCAUGAAUCCUCAGGUAAUUUUCUUAGGAUUUGUAGUAUCUGAGAGCAGAGUUACUGUUGACCCCAAGAAGGUCAAGGCCAUCCAAGAUUGGUCUACUCCUAGAAACAUUCAAGAGGCCCGGAGCUUCCGUGGGUUAGCCACAUUCUAUAGGAGUUUGAUUAGGAAUUUCAGCACCAUCAUGGCACUCAUAACCAAUUGUCUAAAGAAAGGAGAAUUUUUGUGGCCUAAGGCUGCAACCAAAGCUUUCUUAGACAUAAAAGAGCGGAUGACCAAAGCCCUUGUGCUACACCUCCUGAAUUUUCCGAAAGUGUUUGAAGUGGCUUGUGAUGCCUCUAGUGUUGGCAUAGGAGGGGUGUUGAGUCAAGAGGGCCACCCAGUACCCUUCUUCAGUGAAAAGCUAAAUGAUGCAAAGCAACGUGGUGCUGCAGGUCACUUUGGUAGGGAUAAGACCAUCGCUAUGGUAGAGGAUAGGUUCUUUUGGCCUAGUCUUAAGAGGGACAUAGCAAAAGUUGUUUCACAGUGUGGAACUUGCCAAUCUGCAAAGGGGAGAAAGCAUAAUAUUGGUCUUUACACUCCUUUACCCAUACCCCACACCCCUUGGCAAGACAUUAGUAUGGAUUUUGUGUUAGGACCCCCUAGGACUGCUAGGAAGAAUGACUCCAUGUUUGUUGUUGUGGAUAGGUUCCCCAAAAUGUCUCAUUUCAUUCCAUGCAACAAAACAUAUGAUGCUUCAAAGUUUACUUCCAUAUUUUUCAGGGAAGUGGUGAGAUUGCAUGGUCUUCCCAAGACCAUUGUUUCAAAUAAGGAUGUGAAAAUUUUUAGCUAUUUAUGGAAAACUUUGUGGGCAAUACUAGGUACUAAGCUUCAGUUCUUGAGUGCUUACCAUCCCCAAAAUGAUGGCCAAAGCGAGGUAGUUAAUAGGAGUCUAAGAGACCUAUUAAGAUGCCUUGUAGGAGACAACAUAAGCUCAUGGGAUUUGUGUCGUCUGAUGGUGGAAUUUGCAUUCAAUGGCUCAGUAAAUAGAACCACAGGAUUGAGUCCUUUUCAGUUUUUCACGGGAUAUCAAUAUAGCAAGCCUAUAGAUCUUGUCCCAUUACCUCCACAAGUUUGA